GACUGUAAACUUUCUGGAUUCCGGAUUCAUAUGUUGCUAUAAAUAGCGAGUCGAUUAUCAACAUGAGUCAGCAUGUUUAUCGAUUCGAUCUCGCUACCCAUGCCGCAUUUGCUGUCAGAUCAGACGCCUGUGGCCACCUCACCCAUUAACCAGCAAAUUACCAACUCAGAUUCUUUCCUUAAUUCGUGCAGAUCGCAUCCACGGAUCGGGCGGGCGUCGCCUCUUUCCAAUCUCCAGAAUUUUAAAAUACUCGUCCCACUCAGAGGCGAAUCGCCCACGCAAAAUGCAAGGCUCGAGCUCGGAGGAGCAUUUCUUUCUUUUUUUCUCGGAUCGCUAGCUAGCGCUGCUCUGGCGGGCACUGACUGCAUCCAACCGCUUCCGCGACCGCUUCCCCACAUGGGUAAUCUCGGAGCGGCGCGUGUAUAAAUACCCGAGAAAAACUUGGCAUCGCCUCCCCGACCCGAAGAACACUCCUCUUCCACCCCGACCAAUCUCGGCCAUUGCUCUUCUUCCGGCCGUUUGUCCGCGUCGGUCGUAGAGGUUAGGAUGGGGAUAGUGAGGCCUGCGGAUGAUGUGGAAAGCGGGGUGGUGGGUGCCGGGGGCGGCGGCGGCGAGGUGACGGCGCCGCUCCUACUCCGGGAUCACAAGGAUGAUGCGGCGGCGGUGGAGGAUGCCAAGAUCCAGGUGGACGAGAAGGUGGAUUCGUGCGGAGGCGGCCCGGAAGGGUCCAUCUGGAUGGUUCUGCUCAGCACCGCGGUGGCCGUGUGCGGCUCCUUCGAGUUCGGAACCUGUGUUGGUUAUUCUGCACCAACUCAGUCAGGAAUAGUGGAUGAAGUCGGACUGUCCAUCUCUGAGUUCGCUAUCUUUGGAUCUGUAUUGACGAUUGGGGCAAUGAUUGGUGCUGUUACUAGUGGGCGUUUAGCGGACUUUGUUGGACGUAAAAUGACCAUGCGGAUAUCAGCUACUAUUUGCAUUUUUGGUUGGCUGUCUAUAUAUUUUGCUAAGGGUGCUACUAUGCUCUACUUUGGAAGAACCUUGCUGGGCUAUAGCACUGGAGUUCUUUCUUAUGUGGUGCCUGUGUUCAUAGCUGAGAUAGCACCAAAGAAUCUCAGAGGAGGCCUUGCAACUUCAAACCAGUUGUUGAUCUGUUCUGGGAGUUCAGCUACUUACAUAACAGGGGCGCUGGUUGCAUGGCGCAAUUUGGUAUUAGUUGGUAUAUUGCCAUGUGUUCUCCUCUUAGCAGGUCUCUUCUUCAUUCCAGAAUCACCGAGAUGGCUGGCUAAUGUUGGAAGGGAGAAAGAAUUUCACACCUCAUUGCAGAAGCUUCGUGGAGAGAAAGCUGACAUAUCUGAAGAGGCCAUUGAGAUAAAAGAGCAUAUUGAAUCAGUGCAGAGCUUCCCAAAGGCCAGGGUUCAAGAAUUGUUUCUGAGCAAAAAUAUAUAUGCUGUCAUUGUGGGCGUUGGCUUGAUGAUCUUCCAGCAACUGGGAGGGAUAAAUGGUGUAGGAUUCUAUGCGAGCUAUAUCUUUACUUCUGCGGGAUUUUCUGGAAAACUUGGAACCAUCUUGAUUGGCAUUAUUCAGAUUCCCAUUACAUUGUUUGGCGCCAUCCUCAUGGAUCGGAGUGGAAGAAGGGUUCUUCUAAUGGUAUCCGCAUCUGGAACGUUCCUGGGCUGCUUUAUGACAGGAAUAUCAUUCUACCUAAAGGCGCACGGACUAUUCCUAGAAUGGGUUCCUGCAUUGGCUGUUUCUGGCAUACUUGUUUACAUAGGUGCAUACUCAAUUGGAAUGGGACCUGUCCCUUGGGUUAUCAUGUCCGAGAUAUUCUCGAUUAAGAUGAAAGCGAUCGGUGGAAGCUUGGUGACACUUGUUAGUUGGUUUGGUUCCUUCGUGAUCUCUUACUCUUUCAGCUUCCUAAUGGACUGGAGCUCAGCAGGCACGUUCUUUAUGUUCUCUGCGGCGAGCAUGCUGACUAUAUUGUUCGUGGUGAGGCUAGUGCCUGAAACCAAAGGCAGAACUCUCGAGGAGAUCCAGGACUCGCUGAAUUCCAGAAGAUAAGGGUCAAUGGAAACUAAACCAAAGGCAGAACACUCGAGGAGAUCCAGGACUCGCUGAAUUCCAGAAGAUAGGGUCAAUAGAAACUAUACAUGCAUCCCUUACUCCAUUUCUCACCGUGGCAGCAUAUAUACAUCGAUUUUCUUUGGUUGUUUUUCUCCCUAUGAUAGCUUUCCUCUCGGGUGUAGUGUUGAAGUGUAUUUGUAGGUUAAGUAUGCGCAGAUUAUGUACCAAGUUUGAUAAGACUUUUAAGUAAUAGAUCAUUUCUGGCCUUUUUGAGAAAAAUAAUAAUGGAAA